AUGGUUGCUACCUUCAUCACUAUCAAUGACAACAAGAAGAGGAAAGAGUAUAAAUCGGCACAUGGAGGAAACCCUGUGAAAGACUUCUGGCAUAGUGUGUCGGAGAUGGUGAAUGAUCCAAGCAACAAUACAGUCAUUGGGGUUGUUCUCUUUAGCAACGAAGACGAAGAUGCAAGACUGCACAAGUUCAACCAAGACGGUGAAUUCAACCUCAACGAAUUCAACCACCCACAAAUGUGGGAGUCAUGCCAGCAGCUUGCCAGUGACGCCAUGAAAGCAAGAGAGAAUUGUCUUGGAGAGAUGAGAAAGUCUGGACAGGGAAGUGCCGAUAUGUGGAACUACUGUACCACAACCAAGUUCUGCAAGUUGAGGAAGAGUUGUACAGUCCCAGCGAAGGCAGUGUACUAUUGUGAGGUUCUCUGCAAGGCCUUCCCUGAUAUCGAUGGCAAAUUUGCGGCCUUCAUGACAUCCACUCAACAAUCUGAUUCGGAAGUUGCGUUAACUGGAAGUGCUGGUGCUGCAGGAGACAGCACUGGCACUGUAGGCAGGAAGAACAAACAACUGGACAGCUUGUGCACUGCAAUCGUUCUGGCAACAACAAACAUGAGUGACAACAAUGCUGUCAAAAGGGAAGUGAGCGAAGAGAAGGCCAGGUUGGAUGCAGAAAAGGCCAAGUUGGAAUCAGAAGACAGAGCAUGGAACCAAUACACAUCCAUAUCCGACCAAUUCUUGAGCAUGCUGCAGGAUCGCAACAAGAUUUCUCUUGCACGCAACAUGGCAGUGCGUAUUUGA